AUGGAGAAGUUUCUAGGAAAAGGUUAUCACCUGUACACCGAUAACUUCUACAAUUCCUUUGAACUAACAAAGCACAUGAUAAGUCAAAACACAUACAUAUGUGGUACGUUAAGAACUGACCGAAAGUCAAAUCCAAAAGAAUGUACAAAAGCUAAACUGAAACGGGGAGACGUUAUAAGCAGAAGCAGAGAGGGUGUAGUGGUUGCGAAAUGGAAAGAUAAAAGAGACGUGCUAAUGAUUAGCAACUUGCAUUCGUUACAAAUGAUUGAAGUAACAAACAGGAGAGGAGAGAAGAAAAUGAAACCCAACAUUAUAAAAGAUUAUAAUCAAUAUAUGUCAGGAGUAGAUAAGGCGGAUCAAAUGGUAUCAUAUUAUGAUUGCCUAAGAAAAACAAUUAGAUGGUACAAGAAAGUAGCGCUUCAUGUCUUUGAUAUUUUUGUGCUUAACGCUUACUGCCUAAGCAGCAAACACGGCGUAGAUAAAACAACUUCUUUGCUUAAGUUUAGAGAAUUAGUUGUAACGGAUUUAUUGGGUGAUCGCUUAAAUGAAAUUGUUCCUCGAAUCACCAAUAAUAGUGUCCACUACUUGUCUUCGAUACCGCCGAAUGAAAAGAAAAAACUGCCUACAAAACCAUGUCGUGUUUGCUCUAAAACAAAACGAAAAGAAACACGAUAUGAAUGUGCUGUUUGUGAAAAUAGACCUCCGUUAUGCGUUGGCGAAUGUUUCAGAAUGUAUCAUUCAAAAGAAUAG